CUUCUAUCCUAAAACCCUUUUGAAGUGAUUGCAUUGAUAAACCUCUCUAUUUACGAAUAACAAGAAGAAGAAGAAGAAGAAAGCAAAAAAUCAAUGUCAAGUUUAAAGCUCACACUCUACGGAACCUCACUGUUCCGCCACACUCGAACUCAAACCGUAACUACCAAACUCAACCAUCCUUUUCUCUUCUUCAAACCACUGCACCGCCACGGCACUUCUUUCUCCACCACCGCCGCCGCCGCCACCACCUCCACCGCCGCUGAAACUGCAUCUUCCGUCGAUCAUCCUUGGCCUGAAUGGAUAUCAUUCGUUGAUCGAUUGACCGCCAAAGGCUAUCUCUCUAAAUCAGACGAUAGUGUUUACUCCAACAGCAACCUCUUGAAAGAUGCUUCUCUUAGCUUCGCUCGUGACCGUUACGACAUUUUCAAAUUGCUUUCAUCAAAAGAUAUUCAAGCAGUUGUCAAGGGAGGGUGUCCUAACCUUCUCCGUAAAGCUGUUAAUUCGGCUAAAAGGCUGAGAGCUCAUCUGCGAUUAGAAGAAGGGGAUGUUUGUAGUGCUUGUAAUGUGCGAGACUCUUGUGAUAGAGCUUACAUGAUUCUACAGGAAUCUGAAGCUGAUGUUCGAACUGUGGAUAUAGUGCGGAUACUUUUGUCUUACGCAAUAGAUCCACUUGUUCUUUCUGGAGGAGAGAAACCACCUGGCCGAGACGUUAUCGAAUCAUCUGCGAGAAAACUUCUAUCUCAGCUGAUUGAGUUGAGCGAGUUGUCCCCUCCUCCUGCUCCUGUUCCUGCUCAUUCAAAGUCCACUGCACAUGAUUCUGGUGCAAAAGACAAACAUGAUUCUGGUGCAAAAGGCAAACCUUUAAAUUUUAGAGCACUUAUGUUAUCUAAAACUCUUGAGAUGAAGAAAGGUGACUGGGUGUGUUCAAAAUGCAACUUUAUGAACUUCGCUAGGAAUAUGCAAUGCUUACAAUGUGAGGAAGAUAGGCCAAAGAAUAUUGACUCUCCUAAUAUUGAAUUGAGGGCAGGUGAUUGGACCUGUUCUGAAUGCAAAUUUUUGAAUUUUGCCAGAAACACGAAGUGUCGAACAUGUCAAACAGAAGGGCCCCAGAGGGUCAAUAGACUCAACACGAAUGAGGUUCAAAUGAAAAAGGGAGAUUGGACAUGCCCACAGUGCGGGUUCAUGAACUUUUCUAGUAAGGUCAAGUGUUUGAAGUGUCCUGAGCCAAGGCCCAUGAAACAUCCUGGGGAUUGGAGUUGUCCUAAGUGUGAUUUCAUGAACUUUGCGAAUAAAGACGCGUGUUUUCGUUGUCAAGAGUCAAACCCAAAUCCCAAUAAAUAUCCUAGAGAUUCUUCAAACCCAAAUUCUAAGAAAUAUCCUGGAGAUUGGAGUUGUCCAAAAUGUGAUUUCUUCAAUUAUGCAAGAAAUACGACUUGCUUGAAGUGCAACACUAAACCCCAUGGAGAACAACCAACCAAUGAGGAUGAUGAACAUACUUGGAGGAGGCCAUACUGAUAAAGUAAACUACCAGGGUUAAUCUUGGUGAGGUCGUGAUUGUUGUUUUUGGUUGUAAUUUUUAUUUUUUACAGAUGCAUUAUGUAUCCAAUUUCGUUUCUCAAACUUUUCAUUAAUGUCGAGCUAAUAGCUUCACCUUUGAAAAUAUCACUUAACCAUUGGAGUGUUUUUGUUUGAUGAGAGCUUGUGAAGGAUUCCUUUA